UAAGUCGAUUUCAGAACGUUUGUAUUUAAUAAAUCUUCCGUAUUACAAAUGUGGUUUUAUGGCAAUACUUUCGUAAGUUGUCAAAAUCAGUCGGCCGUGGCUCUGAAAUAACAACAAAAAUUUUGCUCCUGCUAUUUUGGUGUAAUAUUACAUCAAAAUGGACGAUUAUUAUGAAACUGUAAAAUUGUGCUACACGGUUCAUCGAUACUCCAGCUACAGCAGUAAUUAUAUACCUGAAAAUAUUAUGGUAAAUAACCCCACUGACCAGCUGUCGAGAUGGUUUACUGAUAGCAACUCGCCAUCUCAGUAUAUAAUGCUGAAAUUAAAGAGUCCAUCUAUUGUGGAGUCAAUAAAAUUUGGCAAGUACAUAAAAGCACAUGUGAGUGACCUGAAGAAAUUUCAAAUUUAUGGUGGAAUGGACGAAAACAAUUUAUCGUUAUUACUAACAGCUGGCCUCAGAAAGGACAGCGCGUCAGAAAUAUUUCGGCUGCGGUGUCGAACGGCCGAGGGCUUGUUUCUCCCCAUACAAUACAUAAAGAUAGUUCCGCUACAAUCGUGGGGCCCUGCGUACAACUAUACCAUUUGGUACGUUGAACUGACUGGGAAGAACCAAGAACAAAUCAUUAGUAACGCGAUGGAAACGAUCAACUUGAGGAAGGAAGAAGAGGCUAUACGUCUGUUGCUAAAACAUUUACGGCGACGACGGUAUAAGGACGCUUUCGAAGCAUUAUCGCGUGAAAGCGGAGUGCAACUCGAAGGGCCGAUGCAGUCCAAACUAUGGAACGCUCUCGUUGAGAAGGGUGAUUUCAAACUAGCAGAACAGAUUUUUGAUGAGGCAGUCGCUGAGGGUGAACUAGACUGGUACCUAAGUUGGCAGCCGUACAGUCCCCAAUGGCGCGAGAUGUCGGCGUGUUCCUCGCAGGUGGAGGACAGGCUGUGGAGCGGCGAGGCCCCGCCGCCGCCGCCCGCCCGGCAGCACGACCUGCUCUGUGCCGACAGGGACCCCCGCCCUGAUACCGCGGAAGCGCCAGUAAACGGUGCAGAUAAUAGUGAGUCGUGCGAGAGUGCGAACGCCUGGCACGUGAUCUUCAACAGGCCCGGGCCUCGGGGCGGACAUCAACUCGUCGUGGACUCUACGACUGGUACCCUAUAUCUCUUCGGAGGCUGGAACGGAUCAGAGGAUUUAGAUGAUCUCUGGUCGUUUUGCACGACCAGCGAACGCUGGACUCUGCUGUGUAAGCACAGCGGAGAAGUCGGUGGUCCAUCUCCCCGGUCAUGUCAUAAAAUGGUCUUUGAUCCCGUCCACCGACGCCUCUUCACUCUUGGCAGGUACUUGGACAAUGCUCAGCGUAUUCCGCCGAACAUGAAUAGCGACCUGUACGUGUACGACGUGGCGCAGGGCUCGUGGUCGCUGGUAUGCGCGGACACGGCGGCCGCGGGCGGCCCGCGCCUCGUCUUCGACCACCAGAUGUGUCUCGACGCCGACACACAGACCAUCUAUGUCUUUGGGGGCAGGGUACUGCCAGUUAACACCGGAGAAGUGGUAAGUCCGCAGUACUCCGGUCUGUACGCAUAUUAUAUUGCGACCAACACGUGGCAGCUAGUGCUGAGUGACAAGCACGAACUCGACGCGCCCCAAGCACGCGUCUCGCACUCUAUGCUGUUCCAUCCGGUGCAGCGUCGCCUGUACAUGUUCGCGGGGCAGCGCAACAAGCGGCAGCUGGUGGACCUGUGGUGGUGGGAGCUGGACUCGGGCCGCUGCGGCGCGCUGUGCCAGGCCACGGCCCCGCCGCCCCCGCCCGGCGCCGGCUUCACGCAGCGGGCCACGCUCGACCCCGACACUGACGAACUCUUCGUGCUUUCGGGCAUGAGCAAGGAGAAGGAUAAGCGCGUGUAUAACAGUCUGUGGGUGUUCUCCCUGCGGCGACUGACGUGGUCCUGUGUGUACAGGAACGAUAGCGUCGCGCCUGAUGAACCUAAGCCACGGUUCGCACAUCAACUCGUUUAUGAUCCUGUUAAGAAGAUCCAUUACUUAUUCGGCGGCAACCCCGGCUACCAGCGCAGUCCGCGCGUCCGCCUGGACGACCUGUGGGCGCUGCGCCUGACGCGGCCGUCGCUGGGCGCCGUGCUGCAGACGGCGCGCGCCGCGCUGCGCGAGGCCCACUACCAGGCGCUCGCCGCGCGGGCCGUCGCCGGCCGCGGGGACGCCGUCGCCGCGCUGCACUACCUGCGGAACGAUCUACAUGACGCGCUUGAUCAUAAUAAUAAAGAACAGGUGGCUCGGUUCCAGAAGUUGGCGACAGUACUGUUCGCGGGUCCGUCCCCGGUGGAGCCGGGCACGGCGCCCCUGACCCCGCGCCGCACUCGCUCCCUCGCUCGCCGCCGCCGCGCCACGCCGGCAGCGACUGAUAUCGCGUUUUCUCUGGCUCAGGUCUUAGGCGCAGAUGAACCGUACUCAGAACCCACGCAGCCAUUCGAAGAGUUAAACGAACCUGCACCAGACACAUGGGACGUUGGUCAAGAUGACGAGCUUUCCAUUGAACAAGAAGAAACCGACGAGUGGAAUGCGCGGGCGCAGCGCAUGAAACUGUAUGAAUGGUUGUGUAGGUUCUUCAGGCCAUCGACCGUGCCGCCUAAGGGUGACAUCACAGAUAUGGUUAUACUGUAAAAGGCCCUUUUGCGUUAGUCGUGAAACUCUUUGGUAUGAUGAUACUGAUAGGCAGGUAACGAUACGUACGUGAUAAGUACGUACUUAAGUACUCUUUUAAAGUCAAAGAAUAAUGAUUGUAAUAUCAUAUCCGACUUAUGUCCAAAUACUCAUUCGUCACCCAAUUUUAAGACGCACUGAAGUAUAGUGCUGUUUCUACAAUUUUUUUGUAAAAUGACAGAGAUGGCACGAUAUUUAAGUACAAUUUAAACAUGUGUAGCCUUUCAGUAUUCGGACGUUAGAUUUUAUAUUUGUAUUCUUAUGGCCGCGAGAUUGGUUUGUUACUUAGUAUGGGAUCUCAAAAAUUGAAUAAAUUAUGUAAUGCCACUAAAUGGGGAUUUUCCGCAGACGAAAUUAUUUAUAAAAUCUUAUAAACUCUUAAUCCUAAAAUAAAUAAAAUAUCACCUCUUUUUGUGCAGCUGAGAAUUAUACACCAUAGUCAACUGCAUAAAUUAAUUCGAAUUAUGACUGACGAAGUCUUUCCAAGCUGUGGUGCUUAUUUUAUGAAGCGCCUUGAUAACAUUAUGAUUUAUUUCAUUUAUAAAAGCUAAGUAUUUAUUUCUAAUAUUUAAGAAUUGUAGCACUGUCAAAAGGCAGUCAGCAAAUAAAUUAAAAAAAAUAUAAUCUCGUUCUUAAUCUCGUGGUCGCCAUACAUAAUAAUGAAUAAUUCAAAAAAUAAUGUGUUAAUUAUAAACUAUCGUAAAAUAAUAAUUACGUAAUCCAUAAUUUUACGUAUUUCACUAUUGACAAUUUUUUAUAUACAAACAAAAUGCAAUUGUUUUUAGUUUUCAUUUUUAUAUAAACAUUGUAUGAGCAUUUUUAGUUAUAGAAUUACUAUUAAUUAAUUUUUUGCAAGACUUACACAGUGAAUUUGUUGUACAUACUUAAACAAUAUACUUUUAAUGUAAGACUAAAGAAAAAGCGCUCAAAAUCACCAGAAGUGUUCACUCGAUAUAAAAUUCAUGCAAUAAAUACAUUCCCUGAAGAUAUAAUACUCACCAGUUAGAUUUAUUAAAAUAAUAUUUCUUUUAUUCAUCUUUCAAAUUCAUUUAAAAAUCGAAUUGAAUUUGACGUUUUUUAUAUUCUCCCGUUCUAAUUAAAUUCAGAAUGCAACAAAUUCAUUUUGUCAGUGUUGCUAGUAAUUUGUACAUACAAGAAUGCCUACUCGAAGCUAAAGAUGAGUGUAAGCAACUAAGUGCAAAUAAGAGGCUUUGUACCUUGGUAACAUUGUAAAUAACUUUAUUAUGCAAAGAAUGUAUCUAAUAAGCGUGUACGCGUGUUCCCUUGAAGUCUAGUCAGCAUUGAAUACUAAGUUAUACGCGAUACAUUCUCGAUUAUUGAAGUAAGAUACAAAAGACAUAAUGCAUUUCAUUUUUGAUCAUUAACUAGCAGUUUGGGUGAUUUUUUUAUUGUAUUAAUCUUUUUUGGCAGCUAAUUGAUAAGUAACAAGACAGACAACAAUGCACAUUAUAUAGUCAGCUUUUAUUAGAAUUAGAAUAAUGGAACGCGUAAGUUUACAGUCUGUGAUAAAAUUGCUGUAACAAUAAGUGUAGUGUGACGUAAGGAGCCUGAGCGCGGGCCUUCGAGCUAGGGAUUGUUGCCAAAUUUUAGUAAUACCACAGAAGAAAAUGUCUUCUGUAUAUUUUUAUUUUACGUUUUAAUUGCGUACAGUGUUACACGUAAUAGUUUUUAAUGAGGAACAUUUGACUGUGUGCAGCAUUUGGUUUCUUUGAUAAGUUUUAUACCUACGUAGUGUAAAAUUGAUUAAUAUUUAUGUGUAAUCGUAUGUCUAAGGAUGGAGCAGUGGAGUCACUUACUUUGUAGUAUUUACAAUAUCGACGUGUUUCAUGUAUUACUCAUAGCGUACAUUAUGAUAUCUCAAGUCACUUAGUUCGACAUGUGCAGUAAUUGAUGGUUAAGCAUUCACGUUUUUAGUCAGUCUCAAAAAUGUUGAUAUGCUUUCUGAACUUAGAAAUAAAAUGCGUAAAUUGAUAUAAUCUGUAGUGAAGCUCAAUGUGAAAUUAGAUUUUUAGUUUAAAAUACUCCGGAUGGACAAGCAGGUACAGUGACCAUGUACUGUGCGCACACAUUUAUGUUGCUAGCUGUACAUAUAUGACCUAAAUACUCGACUGUAUCUGUAUAUAUUAGUGUUGUAUACGUAAUUGAGAGAAAUUACGUGCGUACGCAACAGACGUCGUGUAAAUAUAUGCAUUUUUAUUCUUAGACUAAAUUAUUUGUUUUCAAUGUGUAAUUUGAUGCAUUCUCAGUCUGUACAUAAUAUAAUUAUGCGA